AUGCUAGUUCCCACCAGUCAAAUUCGUAAUACGUCGGUUGGUAGGCCAGAUCAAGAACAAUUUGAGCACGAGUUUCAAAAGCUCUCUCUCACAACUCUCUUCAUAUUUGUAGUCUUCUACAUCAGCAAUAUUGUUGCAGUUGAUGGAAAAUCACAAACUUUUGGUAGAGUUCUAAAUCCAAUAAAAUUAGGACUCAAACAAGAAAAACUUAGUCACUUUCGUGUAUAUUGGCAUGAUAUUGUUUCUGGCCCAAAUCCUACAUCAAUUCGAGUUGCAGGUGCACCUUCAACAAACAAAUCAAAAACUGGGUUUGGAGCUAUUGUAAUGAUUGAUGACCCAUUGACAGAAGGACCCGAAUUGAGUUCAAAACUUAUGGGACGAGCUCAAGGAUUUUAUGCAUCUGCUGGAGUUAACGAAGUGGCUGCAUUGAUGAAUAUGAACUUUGCUUUCAUGGUUGGAAAGUACAAUGGAAGUACCAUAAGUAUUAUGGGAAGAAAUAAAGUGCUGACUGAAGUUAGAGAAAUGUCCAUUGUUGGUGGUAGUGGGCUAUUCCGGUUUGCUCGUGGUUAUGUAGAAGCUCGGGCUAAGAAAUUGGAUUAUAAAACUGGUGAUGCUACUGUUGAAUACAAUAUUUAUGUCUUUCAUUACUGAUCCAUUCUAUUGUCAUUUCCAUUUUAACAGUUAUUGUACGAUUUCCUAUUUUUAACAACCACUGUAUGAGUUUUUUUUAAUCUAUAUGAAUAAGGUUUUGUUAGAA